AGUACUUGGUUUCAAGAUGAAAGUAUCGCGUACCUUUUUGUAUUUACUUGUAUCGAAACAUCCCUAAUUCGUAGUUAUAAACAAAACGAUGUCUGCAUACGACCUUAACCAGAAAACAAUAUUUGUGCUGGAUCACACGCAAUAUUUUAGCAUAUCUAGUGAGGACUACAUCCCAUUGGAACUGCUCAAAGGCAAACCUGGAAUUAUAGACCCUUCCAAAGAUGCCACUGCGGUUGGAGCGAGUGAUGUCCAGUUCAGCAAAAGUUUGUGGACUUGUUCAGUGGAAUCAUCGAUUGAAUAUUGCCGUAUAGUGUGGGAUCUCUUUCCACGUGGGAAACUUGUCCGCUUCAUUGUUAGUGACACGGCGGCGCAUAUUGUUAACACUUGGAAUCUUACCACACAGAAUAUGUCGCAUGUUUUGAACGCUAUGGCCCUUGUUGGCGUCCCCCAACGCAAUGCAAUGCAAUCCUCAGAUUUUUCGGUAAUACAUGGCUUACGUGCAGCUAUUGAGGCCCUCGCCGAACCCACAGAAAGUCAAUUAGCUCGAUUACAAGAGGGCGACAGUGGUGGGUUACUUUCGGGCGAGAAUGUCAUGCUUAAUAAAGGACGCGUAAUAUGUAUAACCUCGGCACGUGAUAACUCUAGCAUGAAAAGCCUGGAGGACAUAUUCCACACAGUACUAAUGCAACAGAAUACAUUAGCUGCUACCCAACGCAAAAUGAUACACAUUGACCACUGCCAUCUAGUGAUUAUCAAUGUCGUACCGCUUAACAUUGAUUCUCUAGUAACCAAUCGUGGAAAAAUAGAUUUGUCUCCGGUAUUAUCCACUGAAAUUCAUACCACAUGUGCACCUAAUAUUUCUAAUAAAUUAACGCACCUAAUUAUGAGCCACUAUGAUUUGGCAAGUACUACAGUAACGGGUAUACCUAUGAAAGAGGAGCAAAAUGCCAAUUCAAGCGCAAAUUACGACGUAGAAAUCUUACAUGCGCGAAAUGCCCACACUUCUAUAUGUGGUAGUGAAGCAUUACUUCCAACGAGUCGCAAAGAGGGUGCUGAAUACGAAACAGUUACCCUCAAGUGGUGUACGCCACGGGGUUGUGGGUCAUCUGACAUGCAACCUUGUUUAGCUCAGCACCGUGUAACACCGGUAGACGUCACAUCCCGCCCAAGCGCAUGUCUUAUUACGUUUUUAUUAAAUGGACGCUCAGUUUUGCUGGAAAUGCCAAGAAAAACUGGUGGAAAGACUACUAGUCAUUUACUUUCGGCUCGUGGGGGUGAAAUCUUUAUUCACGCUUUACAAAUCACACGUUCCUGUUUGGAAGACUUGCCUUCAAUCUCGGAAGGUCCUGGUGGUCGCGUAACCGACUAUCGUAUCUCCGACUUUGCCUCUUUUAUUAAAGCACAUCGCUUUGUGCCUCUUAAAGCCAAGCCAAAACCUGAAGAUAAUCUACAUAAAGCGCGUGAAAGGCUACAACGUCGCUCACGCUAUUUCCCGCUUACACUUAAUACAAGCUUGAUAUACAAUUUACAACGUAAUCUUAAUUGGGUUCCAUAUUUCUUGCGCAAGAUUAGCAAAGAAGAUAUGGAUAAAGCAGACGAGGCGCAAUGUCAGCAGUACAUUUUCGAAUUAUAUACCGCCGCUUCACGAGGAGAGCCAUUGCCGUUCCCAAAUAUGGGUGGAGGGCGGUUAAAGGGACAAAAAAAAGCUGACCAAUAUAAGUUAAUUUGCGCUGAGUUAGAAGUAUUGAUUCGUGCUUAUGCGACAACCUCGCACCAUAAAGUCAUACUAGAAAGUGUGCAAAAUGUUCGUGCUGCUUGUGGAGAUGCAACAGUCAAAACGGAGAAUGAUGGAAGCCGCGAUUCUACUACUAAAGCUGUAAUGCGGGAUUCUCCAAUGUCACCGCCGCACUCCAUAGAAAGUUCUAGCAGUGGCAGUAGUCUGCUUAAAACAAGUAAACGUAAUUUAAGUAGCGGAGGACAACGGUCACUUCUAGACAUCGUUACCAGUACAGAACGUAGCCAAUCUGCUAAACGUGUCGAUUUCUCGGGUCGUCUUUGUACACCGGUCGGACAAAUCGCCAAACUAUAUCCAGAUUUCGGUAAUAAAGAAAAAGAUACCAGCUCUGCUGCGUCUUCUGCAAGUGCUACAAAAGAGGAAGGUUUAAGCAUAAAGUUGGAAUUGGGCGUACGAAAUUAAAUUUAAAUAUGGUAAUUCUAUAGUCCAACAAUUUCGGAUAGGG